UGGAGUUGUGGAUCAUCCAUGUCGCCGCCUUGGUUGCAAUGGAAUUGGCUGGCCAGUAUCCGUAUCCCACUGAUACUUUGGGCCCACGCGAUUGGACCCCACUUGCCAGUGUGAUCCUCCGAACGCGCAGUCGGUUCAGAAAGCCUGAAAUGCCUCCAUCCCCGUGCGCGCGAGCGCGAGAAUUUCAUUUCCGCCAAAACCCAUCCAAAAUUCCCCGGUUCCGCGGCUGCCUUCUCGAGGAAGCCAGCCAACCUCGCGCCCGCGGCGGCGAUCGGCGCUCGGCGGCGCCAUGGUGUUCCUGCAGCGCAGCCGCCCCGCCAACCCCCGCAAGCGCCCGCCUCCGCCGCCCGACGCGGAGCCCCCCAGGGCCGCCGGCGCCGACUCCUCCGCCGCCGUCGACGCGGCGGCGGCGCUGCUGGCGGACGCGGGCUGCACGCUCCUCGUCCCGCCGCACCAGGCCCCGCCGCUCCCCUCGUCGCACGCCUUCGCGGCCCGCCUUGGGCGCGCGCUCUCCGCGGACCCCUCCGCCGCCCCGCGCCUCCUCGCGGGCCUCGCCGCCUUCGCGGCCGCCUCCCCCGCGCGGCUCCGCCAGCUGCUCCUCCCGGCGGCCCCGCACGCGCCGAGCCUCGCGCGCGCGCUCCUCUCCGUCCCCGCGCUCCAGCCGGGCCUCCUUGCGCUGCUCCUCGAGAAGCUGCCCGAGUACUUCGACGACGGCGGCGGCGGGGCGCUCGACGGAUUGCCGCUGCAGGACGACGUCGGGAGGCUCAUCGUCUCGCAGUUCCGGUGGCUGGAUUUCCUCGCCGACGCCGACGCCUUCGUCGAGAAGCUCGUCGAGGUGCUCUCCGUGGCGCCGCCCAGGCUGAAGAAGGAGAUCAUCGGCUCGCUCCCGGAGAUCGUUGGCGACCAGAGCCAUGCCUCCGUGGUCACCGCGCUGGAGAAGCUCCUUCAGGAGGACUCGGAGGUCGUCGUCGCCGUGCUCGACGUGCUGUCGGAUCUUAACCUCAACGAGGAGUUGCAGGAGCAGGCGGUGACUGUUGCGAUAUCGUGCAUCCGGACAAUUGCUCCGGACCAGAUGCCACAUUUGCUCAGGUUCUUGCUGCUGUCUGCUACACCAGCCAAUGCUGGGAGGAUAAUAUUGCAGAUCCGCGAGCAGCUGAGGUUCGUUGGUGUUGUGGAUCCACGGGCUGCUCGAAGCAAGAAGCUGAAAGGGAAGGCAUCGGCGAAUAGCACCGAUGGGGCAAUCCUUGAUACGCUGAGAUCUGGCCUACGGUUUAAGAAUAUGCUUUGUGAGGCUUUCUUGAAGGAGCUGAAGUCAGUUGACCAUCCAAAGGAUCACAAAGUGAUUGAUGUUUGGCUUAUCAUGCUCAUCUAUGCCAAUGGUGGUGCUCUGCAAAAGAGUGCAGAGAAAAUAUUGAAGUCCAAGAUUUUGCGGGGAUGCAUACGAGAGUCACUGUUUGAUCAAUGCAUUCGUGGGAAUACUGAAUUGGUCAAGGAACAUUUCAUGUCGUUCCUCUCAGUGAGCGAUUACUUGUUGGCUUGCAAGGAAGAGAAAGCUAGAGAGUUUGCAUCCUAUUUCUUCACAGCACUGUUUGAAGAAUUCACUGAUACGUAUUCGAGGCAGGAGCUUGUAGGCUCAUUGGUCGCUCAUAUGGGUUCUGGGGUCAGCUACGAAGUUUUGUCUUCUCUGGAUAUCAUGAUUUCGCUAACAUCCAACAACUCCGAGGAGUUGAUUCCUAUAUCUUCACAUAUAACUGGUAAUAUACUUUCCUUUGUAUUUAGUGCUUUUCAUUUGCUGAACAGGCGCAUCAACUUUUACGCUAUAGGAAUAUUGGAUUACUUGGAGAGUUUUCAUGAAGAUAAUCUUCGGAAGGUUUAUGAUAUCUUCUGUCAACUGGCACUAGCUGCUGGUUUCAACACUGGUUCAGGUGGCUCUUCUGUAGCUAAUGAACUUCUAAUGGUGGUGAGAAAGCAGGUUAGCAAUCCAGAUAUGAAGUAUAGGAGAAUGGGAAUAAUCGGAGCUUUAAGAAUAGUUUCAACUAUUGCUCAUGUUGAUGUCAAUGCUGCUAUGAACUGUUCGUCAUCUCAGCAACCAAAUUGUGAGGAGGCCCUGGAACUGUUGAAGAUGUCUGUUAACUCCUGCAAAUUUGUGACAUUGCCCUUAAUUUUUCUAUAUGAUGAAUUAGCUACUUUACUGGAGAGCAAAGUUCUUCACUCUGCAAUUUGUGACUGGGUAGGAGAUUAUGUUGCAGAAUUCGACACACCCUUUCUUGCUGAUCUAAACAAUGGUGAACUAUCAGAGAAACAUCUGUAUGAUGGCAUAGAAGGAGAAUUAUGGAUGAACUUGGAUGGAGAUGUCUCUCCAAUAUGUGUAAAUAUUAUGCCUCUAGCCUCCACUUUGCCACAAAAAUCUCAACCCUGCUUGCAGAUCCUUCCAUCCCAAUUUUCACUUUUAAGUACGAUUGAACGUUUAGUAAAUGAAGGCUCACUUGGUGGAAUAAAUGCAUUACUUGGCUGUCCUUUGCACCUUCCCUCAACCAAGCAUUUGGAUGGAGCUAAAUGGGGAAACUUGUCAGGAUUGCAGAAAAAGGCAGUGUGCCAUUCACUGUACUAUGCAAUUAACUGGAUCAGGGAGUUGCUUAAUGCUUUCAGCACACAGGUUGCAAGUAGGGUUGAUAAUUUCUCACAGAAAGCAAGGGAUGAGACAGCACUAAAACUUCUGAAGCGUCUGAGAAAUCUGAUAUUACUUGAGGGCUUGCUGAAUGCGUUUCUCAAAAAUUAUCCUCUGUCUCUUCCUGAGCUGCGAUAUCUUGGGGAUUGUUCUGGAUCAACUAGCACCAGCAAAUUCAACCUUCCAAAGAAAGUGGGAGAAGAGAGCAUGGAUGACACAUCUUCCAACAAAAGACAAAAGGGUUGCAAGGACAAGGCAGCCUCAGAAAAGAUGAAUCCUGGUGAUAAACUCAAGCAACCUACACUACUGGAUGCUUUCAAAAGAGCAGGAGUAACAGUCAGUCAAACGACAAACAGAGCUUCUUCUCAACCAUCGUCAAGUGGAAUGAUGUCAAAGGAUAUUGAACAAGAGGCUAAUGAUCCUGGUGAGCUUGGGCUUGUAGAUUUAAUGACAGCACCAGUUCAGCUGGAUAUGCAAAGAUUCAAAUUCAGAACUCUGCAUACAAGAUGCUUGUCGUUGUUGAACUAUUCAGAGUGUCAAGAUUCAUCUUGUUCUUCCUUUGAAACUGAGCUACCUGUAUAUCUAUAUCUUCUCCGUGAUCUGCACAACAAAUUAGAUAAUCUAAAUCCUGCAACCAAGCCUUUUCUUAGUACUUCUCAAGCAAAAUGUUCACGUGUUCAUUGCCAUGACAACACACAAGAAUUCCUUGAAAAAAUUCAGUCACUAUUCUCAGUUUUAAGGAAGCAUCUAGAUGGAGCAAUUUCAAUGAUCAGAGAUGAAUCAGAAAGCUGCACAGAUAAUUGGAGUUCACAUUCAUCUUCAGCUGGCAACCCAGACAUUCCGUAUGUGGUGGUCUCCAAAUCAUCAAUCGCAACUGCAGUAUGUAAGGAGAUUCUUGGCUGCUACAGGAAGUUAGUGGCCAUUCCUGAUCUGUUGAAUCAACCAAACAUGUUAGUUCUGAAGCAACUUUUACAGACUUUGCAGCCAACAGAAAAUUUUGAUGAUAUUCUUUCCGAGUUCCAACCAUCUCUUGCUCCUAGCAAUGUUGAUUAUCUAUACUGCGGUGCAUAUAAAAUGUUUGAGGAUAUUAUGGAUCCAGUGUGCUCGUUCUCAUAUCUUCUGUCUUCUGAUGUGUUAAUUACUAUGCAAUCAAUUGUAAAUUCUGUUGUCGUGUUGUUCGACAAAUCUGGGGAAUCAAAUCAGAAGAUACAAAUAGGAUGCUCCAAGGCGAUCAUUCCCUUUCUCCGAAAGCAUCUUGGCCAGUCAGCUCAUAAGCUGCUAACCGCGGAUCAACCUAGUGAACAUGCUGAAAAUGGAUGGCAGAGUAAAGGUGAUCUUAUACAGAAGAUAUUGCAAAUAUACCUAAGAAAUAGUGAUUCCACUUCAGAUCUGCUUUGUGAGCUUUCCAAAGCAUUGACUCAGGCACCUUUGCUCAAAACAAAAGGUACCCAGGAAGCGUCAAAUGGUUUUCCAACAAUGUGUUCAUCCACUAUCCCCACUUGGUACCGUGUCCUACAUGAGGAGAAUACUGGGACUUUAAACAAGACAAUCAAGCAGGCCCAUAAGACUAGAGCAUUGCCAGAAAGAGGAUCAAUCCAUACUAUUCUGGAAGAAAUUCAGAAAUCAGUGGAGGCGUUUGUUUAUCUAAUACAGAUGUGCAAGACCCAUGAAAAGGUUUCUAUCCAUGCAAUGGCAGUUAAACAUGGGGGAAAGUAUAUCGACACAUUUCUGAAAGCCUUCAACUUACUAGAGACACAGUUCAAGGAACAUAAUGCCAUUAUACUUACAAUGCUAAAUGAACUUCAGAAAGCGACAAGAACAAUCCAAACUAUAUGUUCAGAGGCUAAGGGUUACAAGCGGACAAUGAUCACAAGCAAAGUACCUCCUGCAAAGAGAUCCAUGGAAAAGUUCCUGUUCCAAGUUAAGGCGUUGCUACACAACUGCUCGACCGAGAAGAAAUUCUGGAUGGGCAACCUGAAGCACAAGGACAUGCACGGUCAUGUGGUGAGCUCUCAGGUGUAUGGAAGCGUGGAUGAUGAAGAUGAGGAGCAGACGCAGACUGACUCGGACACUCCGGCAGAUGAGAAUGACAACACCCUGGAUGAGGAUGCAGCUGAAGGGAGCAAUGAUGUUCCAAUGGAGGAAGAAUAGCAGCCAGGUACUAAUCUGUACAUAUACCUCUUGCUGUCCGCUAGCCUAACCUGAUUUUGUCCCAAAUCAACCGAGCGUGUGCAUAUGGUGUAGAAAGGUGAAGCCUCCUUCAGAAUCUAGGUUGCAAUGUCAUUUGUACUGUAGCAUAGAGAAAUGAAGCCUGAAUCAGGAUCAUGUAUGUAGUCAAGACACUCAGACGAACCACGUUCACUCGUUUUUUUCCUACAGCAGCUUACAUAGCUAGAUAGCAGUUUGGUACCA